UGUGGCUGUUCCUAGUCAUUGUGGAUAUUGUGUUUUAUUUGGCUUUUUAAAUUUAUAAUCAAGUUAACUUCUGGUCUUAACCAUAGACUGUAUAAAAGGUCUUAACAUGAUUCCUGAGUUAUCACAGAGUUCAGUGAGAAUGAAGGAGCCCGAGAGAGUGGAGCAGGUAUUGAGCUCCAUGAGGAGCGCUGGAGCAGGCACACUUCAGGUAAUCUCAGAUUUCGAUAUGACUCUCACCAGGUUCUCUUACAAUGGCAAACGCUGUCCUACCUCCCAUAAUAUUAUGGACAAUAGCAAACUGAUCAGUGAAGAGUGCAAAGCCGAGCUGAAGAAUCUUCUGGACACUUACUACCCUAUAGAGAUUGAUUCCAGACGCUCAGUUGAAGAGAAGUUGCCGCUCAUGGUUGAAUGGUGGACCAAAGCUCAUGAGCUCCUUGUGCAGCAGAAGAUCAGUAAGGAUAGUUUGGCUGUAAUUGUGAGAGAGUCUGAAGCCAUGCUGAGGGAUGGCUACCAGCAGUUCUUUGAUCAUCUCCAUCAGAUGUCUGUUCCUCUGCUGAUCUUCUCUGCUGGAGUCGGGGAUGUGUUAGAGGAAGUAAUCAGACAAGCUGGUGUGUUCCAUCCUAAUGUUAAAGUCUUCUCCAAUUACAUGGACUUUGACGAGUCUGGUGUUUUGCAGGCAUUUAAAGGAGAGCUGAUUCAUAUCUACAACAAACGAGAAGGAGCUCUGCUCAAUGCUGAGCACUUCAAGGAACUGCAGAGCCGCUGUAAUGUCCUCCUGCUCGGAGACUCUCUUGGGGAUCUCAACAUGUCUGAUGGAGUCAUGGACUUAGAAAACAUCCUGAAGAUCGGAUACCUCAAUGAUAAGGUGGAUGAGAGGAGAGAGUCAUACUUAAACUCCUAUGAUAUCGUUUUGGAGAAAGAUGAAACCAUGGAUGUUCCUAAUGCCAUCUUACUGUACAUCACAGGACAAUGAACUUAGAGCUUCGAUCUCCAAGAUAAUGAUGGACUCUGUCACUGUCUUUUCUAUAGGUUUGAAUAUUGUUGUUUUUCUACCUUGACAACUUCCACGUGGUUAUUUUGUUCUAUUAUCUGCA